GCCCUGAUGGGGGAUGUGCAUGUGAGCCCAUUGGUGAUCUACCUGGCGAUCCUGGCCCCCUAGGCCCUCCGGGUGUCCCUGGUGAUCCAGGGCAAAAAGGGUUCCGGGGUCCUCUUGGUGAUGUCGGACUCAUCGGAGAGAUGGGUGGGAGAGGUGUAACUGGUCCCAGAGGCUUCACAGGUGUCAGAGGGCUUAAAGGAGAGAAAGGAGAAGUUAUGGUGAUCUGCAAAAAGG